CUCGGUGUUUAAAGUACGCAACAGCGUGCCGCGGUAAUGGAGGCGUCCCGCGUGACAUUUCCACAGUUCUCCCAAACACUCACAAACACACUUUGACUCCGUCCCGUGUCCGUGUCCCUGUCCGCGCGCUCGAUGGCAGGUGAUUGUCAGCAGGUGGUGAGCAGAGAGCGCUCUCUGAGAGGGAGGCAGGACAAAAUGCUCGUGGCAGACAAGCAUGCAGUCAGUGGGAAUCCCACUGUGGAGCCUUUUCCAGAAGGCAUGGAGACCAUCAUGUUUGGUAUGGGCUGUUUUUGGGGAGCGGAGAAACUUUUCUGGCGACUUUCAGGGGUUUUCUCCACACAAGUAGGCUACGCUGGCGGCUUUACACCCAACCCCACCUACCACGAGGUUUGCUCAGGUCUGACCGGGCACACUGAGGUGGUGAGGGUGGUCUUCUCCCCCGAAGAAAUCAGCAUCGAGGAGCUGCUUAAACGCUUUUGGGAGCACCACAAUCCUACACAAGGCAUGAGGCAACUGAACGACCACGGCACUCAGUACCGCUCGGCCGUUUACACGUCCAACCCUGCUCACCGGGAGCUCGCAUUGAAGAGCAAAGUGGCCUUCCAGCAGGAGUUGGACGACAACGGUUACGGCGCCAUCACCACAGAGAUCCUGGAGGGGCAGCAGUUUUACUACGCCGAGGACUACCAUCAGCAGUACCUGAAGAAAGUACCUCGUGGCCAUUGUGCCCUCAGAGGUACUGGUGUCUCAUGUCCCAUUGGAGGCAGGACAGGGGAAGUGUGACAUUAAAAAGAAAAAAAGAGAGAGAGGGAUCACUUUGUUGUCGUUUAGUCAAAUUAUCAAUCCGUCAC